UAAAGUAUUUUAGAUAAAAGGACUGAUACUAUAUUGAAAUUAAUUAAGAAUUAACUAUUAAAUCAGUGUCUCAAAUGAACCAAUAUGAACAUAAAUGUCGUAUAUAUAGGAAUGAAACCUUGAAGUUUGAAAGUUCUCCCAAGAAGGUUAAAACUGCAAUAAGUGCAGUGACAUCAACACCGGGACCAACAGCGACCAUUCUCCCACCCAAAUUUUCAGAUGUGUCUGAAAUAUCUUCAGAUCUAGACAAGGGGGACAGAAAUUCAGAUUUAUCUGGUGUAGAACAGUUUGUAAAAACUGAUAAGAAAACAACAGCUCCAAGCAGUUUCUUGAAUCCUUUAGAUCUCUCAAUCUGCUUAUCAGAAAACUACACCAACGAGAACUCAGAGGAUUCAUCAGAUGAAGAUUAUGAGCCUAGUUUCAUAAUGACCAUGAGGUAUGUUUUGCAAGGACACCUUGCUGCUAAGCCAAAGGACACUCAGACUGAAGCCGUGGUUGAGGACUCUGAAAAUGAGGAUAGCUCUGAUGAGGAAUCAAAUGAUGAUCUUCGCCCCGGGAUUGCCAAAAUUUUAACUCCAGAAGAGAUUGGGGGCUGUAAGGAAGACCGCCCUUUCCUUGUUUAUCUUUCACAGCUUCACACAUUAGCUGAAUUACCUGUCCUACCAAAUUGUCAGCUUAAAGGAUGCCAAAAAUCAGUGCAUUUGGAGAAAACUGUUGUUGGAUCGGCACUCUAUUUCAAAUGGGUACGUAAGAAAAUUGCCUUUUAA